ACCCCGAUGGUUGAGAAGCGCAAAAACAGGCAACAAAUAUUGACACCGGAUACUAAUACAUGCGGACCAGCAAUGCGGACAAGGGGGGGUAGAAAAGUUAAGGAUGCACAUUGUGAGGAGAAGGUACGCAGGAGAAAGCUAAUAAUUUUACCAGAUAGUGACUUGGACACUCCGAUGGAAAACAUUGAGAAAAGAAAAAAAGGCGAGGGCGAUCAGGACGGGCCGGCAACACGUACAAGAGGAGCUCAGCGAUGGCGUGAAGAUAGCAAACCAAAGAAAAAUGUCAAAAGGAAACUAAUAACAGAUGGUGACUCACAGAUGAGUGCAGAUACAGCUCUACCAAAACAGGAUGCAAUUGCUGUUAAAAAAACAAAAAAAGUAAAACAUGAUCGGGUGGAAACCCGAAGUGGCAAACACGCAAAAACGACGCAUAAGUGGCCUAAACUAAAAACACGUUCGUCACCUAUGCAGUUGUUCAAAUGCAUCAAGUCUCUAACGAGGAACCAACAAGAAGACAUUAAUAGGAUGGGUUUUGGAAAAAUGUUGUCAUUCAACAUCAGUGGGAUACCUCUAAAAAUUGCCCACUAUGUUGUGGACCACUUUAACCCACAAGAAAUGGCUAUUGAAUUGCCAUGUGGGUCAAUAGAUGUUGAUGUUCAGUCUGUCCAUGACCUUCUAGGGAUUCCUAAGAAGGGCAUAGACAUGCAAAAUGUACGAACAAAUUCAAAGCUUGAUGUUGCUGUUGAAGCAUGGAGAAAACGAUAUCGUAAACGAUUUGUGGCACCAACGAACCUGGCACGAUCUAUACUCACAAGUGAUGAAGCCAACAGUUUUCAUUUCCGACUGGACUUCCUGAUGUUAUUCUUAACCGUCAUGGUUGAGUGUAACAAAAAUGGGCGAAUGAAAGAGUGGAUUUUGAAAACUUUUACAGGAGACACGGAUUUUAGUAAAAUCAAUUGCUGUUGGCCUGUUUAA